CCUGCAUUGGAUUAACGAAAGACAGGGCAAGGCCGAACCGCCGCUGUUGUUAUGAGGAGAACAUUCAAAUUUUUCUUCAAGAGUAGGUAGUUGAUACUACUGUGCUAGUUUUUUAAGUAGGUGGAAUAGAAACAAACUGUCACAGUCACAACCAGAUGCUUAAAGUCGACCCAUACCUGGAUGGAACAAAAAGCUCAGAGGAGGUGAGGCUGAAGCCUCAUUGAUGUGGAAGCUUAUAAUUAAAUAGGAUCGUGCCUUCUUCUAUUGUGGAAUCUUCAACUACAACUAUAUUUUUAUAUUUAAAUUAGUUUCUAAGACCUCACACCGCGUUAGAGCUAUUGCAGCGGUUAGCUGGCAGUUCUCCAGCUAAUCUGGAUAUAGUCUUACAAGCAGGCGCCUUACAGUUCCUCGAAGAUUUUGUCGGUGGCUUAGGGGCUGAAGGAGAUGUGUG